GAAGCCUAGCGCGGGGAAGGACCGGAACUCCGGGCGGGCGGCUUGUUGAUAAUAUGGCGGCGGGAGCUGCUUUGGAGUCCCGAGGAGGCGGCGGGGCUGACACCCGGAAGAAAGGUCUCGUUUUGGGCUAGUGCGGCGACUCCCGAGGACCCGGAAGUCCCAGCCAAUUGCUGAAUGAGGGGAGCCGGGCCCUCCCCGCGACAGUCCCCCCGCGCCCUCCGCCCGGACCCGGGCCCUGCCAUGUCCUUCUUCCGGCGGAAAGUGAAAGGUAAAGAACAAGAGAAGAUUUCUGAUGUCAAGUCCAGUAAAGCUUCAAUUGCUGUACAUUCCCCACAAAAAAGUACUAAAAAUCAUGCCUUGUUGGAGGCUGCAGGACCAAGUCAUGUUGCAAUCAAUGCCAUUUCUGCCAACAUGGACUCCUUUUCAAGCAGCAGGACAGCAACACUUAAGAAGCAGCCAAGCCACAUGGAGGCUGCUCAUUUUGGGGACCUGGGCAGAUCUUGUUUGGACUACCAGACUCAAGAGACCAAAUCAAGUCUUUCAAAAACCCUUGAACAGGUCUUGCGUGACACUGUUGUCCUCCCGUAUUUCAUUCAAUUCAUGGAACUUCGGAGAAUGGAACACUUGGUUAAAUUUUGGUUAGAGGCUGAGAGUUUUCACUCUACAACUUGGUCCCGAAUAAGAGCACACAGUCUGAACACAGUGAAGCAGAGCUCGCUAGCUGAGCCUGUCUCCCCAUCUAAAAAGCACGAAAUUACAGCAUCUUUUAUAACUGAGUCCCUUGACAAGAGAUUGGAGGAUUCUUGUCCAGCCAAGUUGCUUAUGACUCAGUCAGAAGGAAUCGACCGGAAUAAUAGAACUAACAGCAGUCAGAAAUACUUGCUACUUUCCCAAGAAUGUGACAGUACCCAUUCUUUCCAUCUUGAAAUGGCUAGAGCAGGAACUCAUCCAGCUUCCAUGGAGACUCAAGAAUCUUCUUCCAGACUAACAAUAGCCAGUAGAAACAGUCCCUCUUCUCCACUCAAAGAAUUAUCAGAAAAAUUAAUGAAAAGUAUAGAACAAGAUGCAGUGAAUACUUUUACCAAAUAUAUAUCUCCAGAUGCUGUUAAACCCAUACCAAUUACAGAAGCAAUGAGAAGUGACAUUAUAGCAAAAAUUUGUGGAGAAGAUGGACAGGUGGACCCCAAUUGUUUCGUUUUGGCACAGGCCAUAGUCUUUAAUGCAAUGGAGCAAGAGCACUUUAGUGAGUUUCUGCGAAGUCACCAUUUCUGUAAAUACCAGAUUGAAGUGCUGACCAGUGGAACUGUUUACCUGGCUGACAUUCUCUUCUGUGAGUCAGCCCUCUUUUAUUUCUCUGAGUACAUGGAAAAAGAAGAUGCAGUGAAUAUUUUACAAUUCUGGUUGGCAGCAGAUAACUUUCAGUCUCAGCUUGCUGCCAAAAAGGGCCAGUAUGAUGGACAGGAGGCACAGAAUGAUGCCAUGAUCUUAUAUGACAAAUACUUCUCCCUCCAAGCCACACAUCCUCUUGGAUUUGAUGAUGUUGUACGAUUAGAAAUUGAAUCCAAUAUCUGCAGGGAAGGUGGACCACUCCCAAACUGUUUUAUAACUCCAUUACGACAGGCCUGGACAACCAUGGAGAAGGUCUUUUUGCCUGGCUUUUUGUCCAGUAAUCUUUAUUAUAAGUAUUUGAAUGAUCUCAUCCAUUCUGUUCGAGGAGAUGAAUUUCUGGGAGGGAGUGUUUCUCUGACUGCUCAUGGCUCUGUCGGCCUUCCUGAUGAGUCUCACCCAGGUGGUUCCGAUAGUGCAACUUCUCAGUCCAGUGUGAAAAAAGCCAGUAUUAAAAUUUUGAAAAAUUUUGAUGAAGCAAUAAUUGUGGAUACUGCAAGUCUGGAUCCAGAAUCUUUAUAUCAACGGACAUAUGCAGGGAAGAUGACAUUUGGAAGAGUCAGUGACUUGGGACAAUUUAUCCGAGAAUCUGAACCUGAACCUGAUGUAAAGAAAUCAAAAGGAUCCAUGUUCUCACAAGCUAUGAAGAAGUGGGUACAAGGAAAUACUGAUGAGGCCCAAGAAGAGCUAGCCUGGAAGAUUGCUAAAAUGAUAGUCAGUGACGUUAUGCAGCAAGCACAGUAUGACCAACCAUUAGAAAAAUCUACAAAGCUAUGAUUCAAGUGCUGAGAAAAAGGAAGUCUUCUUUUGAGAAAUAAGAGAACUUUGCCCUUUGGUUGGAUUCUUCAACACAGCCAGCGAAAACAGAGCACUGUAUUUCUUUCACUGAUGCAUCACUGUUCCCAAGAAAGAAUGGGAGACAGUCCUAGACCAUAAUGCAGAGUAACAUGUAGACAUAAAUGAUGCACAUGAUGUUCACACAGUGAGUCACAAAGAAACAAAAUGGUAUUGUUUACAUUACUAGAAAAUUAUUAGUUUUCCAAUGGCAAUAACUCAUUUGUGAGAGAGUUAGUCCACUGGAUAGAUAGGGACCACAUCCCGUGUGAGGCAGAUAAAUGUGGAGUUGAUAUUUGAUACACAUUUUUGUAGUGGGAAUCCAUCCCUAGCAGCAUCAUACAGCAUGUGGCAGAGGUGCUUUGCUUUAUUCUCCUAAAACUAACAUGUGAGUAGCCCCAUUAAGAGCCAGGCAGCUGCAAGUAACAGUGUGGGGCUAGAAGCUUAUAGAACAGGGUGAGGGUUCCUUAUGUAGUUUUCCUUCACAGAAGCAUUAGUUAGAAGGAAGCCAACAAGUCAGUGGUCAGUCCUCAGUGACAUGGCCCUUUUGGUGGCAGCAUACAAUUUUCACAUUUUACUUGCUCCUGAGAAUCACUAUCCAUAAAACCAGUCUCUCCCCUGCUAACAAAAGAGUGAAUCUAGUUUACGUUGAACACUAAGAUUUGUUUUUCUGGAAUUCUGUGCUCCAGUUACUAAACUUCCCCUUUAGAAUACAUGUGGGAAGAAUGAAAAUGUAAAGACCACUCCAGUUUUUUACUUGUAGUACCAUGAACAAAAUGGUUAUUCUGAGAUUUUUUUUUUCACUCAAUAAGAUGGGGAGAAGACUCAAACUUUGUUUGCCUGCCUUCUCUGUUCUUUGGUGUGAGUGGGUGGUGUGCAGUUGGUGGCUGGCUUUUUUUUCUUUCUGUCUUCAGGACAGUAAGAGACUUGCUUGCUGCACUUCUGCUCAGUCAGUUGUAUGUUGGGUCUGCACAGCCAUCCACAGGGCCACCAGCUUGGUGAGCACACUCCACUGGCCGUGCUGCUCCAGUCCUUCCUUGAUGCAUGUGACUGAGGAGAAAGAAAGUCCUAUUAGGGGUUACUGCUUUUGCUCAGACUUUGAAAAAAAAAAAAAAAAAAUAUAUAUAUAUAUAUAUAUAUAUAUAUAAUUAUUAAUCACCUCUGUCCUUGAGAAAAUCUUGAAUGAAUAGAGAAUUUAUUCCAUUGCAAUCCAGUUGUGUAGAGGCACACUGUUUGAAGAGAAGCAAAAAGGCUGUGUAUAAGUUUUUGGUACUGUGUACCACUUCUGUUAUUCUUCUAAAGCUGAAGUAUUCAUGUACUUAAACCAUAUUCUAUUUAAUUGUGUUUGAUUUUAAAUAUAUAUAUAUAUAAAUUAUAUUUAAAAUUGUGUCAACUUUCUGCUUUCAGGGCAUUGAUGGCUCUUUAUAUAUUGAUCCUUCCUACUAUAUCCAUACCCGGAACAUGAGCCACUAUUGGACUUAGUCUUGUGUUAACAGCGUAGACAUAGAACUGAGGUUUAAAAUAUAUUUGUACAUAUAUAUGCAUAUGUGCGUAUAUAUGUAGUGUGUAUGAUUAACUCAUUUUGUUCUUUUUUGUUCUUUUAACAAAAUAUUUCCAUCCAUUUCACAUUGCUUCAAACUUUAAACAGGAGAAAAGCAAUAUAGAGGUCAUAGAAUAAAAUGUGGUUUUAGUGAUUCUUCCUGCCUCUGCAUGUUUUGAAAUAACAAUUUCUGUAAGACUCUAGGCUAAAAACUAGUGGUUUCCAUAGAAAUAAUUUCUAGUCAUUUCUUAGUAUACAUUUUGUGAUUCUGAGUUACAGAGACCAAUAGUUGUAAUCUUACAAAGAGAAAAAUAGCAGGUUUGAGACCUGAUCUGCUGUAACUUGCUAUGAGAGAUAAAAGCAGAGUAGCCUGAAAUUAUUAGUUAGAUUUAAUAUAUGAUCUAAAUUAGAUCCUUGUGUUCAUUUGAAAAUUGGAAUUGGAUCCAUCUAACAUCUAGCACUCACUUGUGUUCCAGGUGCCAUGCAGUGUACCCACAAAAUGUAAUCCUCUUGCGAGUUUUUUAUAAGGUCAAGGCAUUAUUUGAACACUCUCCAUUCUUAUGCCAUUGACAUCAAUCUAAACUGUUUAAAAAGUAAAAUAUUAGUGAGAAAGUGCUACCUUUUGUAACUCGGUGUGUCUUCACUCCUGUAAGAUUUGAUGAGUAUAAAGCAAAUGUCAAUCAAAUCCAGUUAUGAACAAUAAAACAGGGAGCAAAUUUUUAUAACUUUUUCUAUUUGGGUUUCGGUAUUCAGCAGAGCUUUGUGAAAUUUAAGUCAUUUAUAAUACUAGAGCUUUGACUAGUUCAAUAGAAAUUUGGAGGGGAAUGUCAUUCUGAAUUGAGGAAAUUAAAAAACUUCACUGUUAUUUUAUAUAAGUACCGAGAGCUAAGUACCUGAUUUCUCUAAGACAGUUUGGAAACCUGCCUGACUCAAAAUUUAUUCACCUCACACACUCCUACAGAGUGAGGGCCAUAUUUAUGUACAGCGACCUUUUCUCUCUUGCCAUCUCCCCUACCUUGCAGUUGAUUGGAGCAGAGUACUGGUGUGAAAAGGCUUGAGGCAGUUCUUUUUUUUGUUUGUUUGUUUUUUCUCCGGUACCGGGAACCAAACUCACGACCUUGCGCUUGCCAGGCAGGCGCUUUGCCGCUGAGCUAAAUCCCCAGCCCUUGAGGCAGUUCUUUAUCUUAAGAAUUUUGCAUGUGGCUGAAAGCUGCCAGUCAUGGUCUAGGUUGAUGACCUGGAUAGGGCACCCAUAGAGGCAGGAGCUGACACUGUGGACAAGCAUGAGCGAGCAGCUGCUGUGGUAACCCUGAGGACUCCCAUGGUCUUGGCAUCUAAUCCUGCAUCUUUGCCCUGGCCUGCACUCAUCACUCAGGUCUCUGGGUCCAGUUCUGCACGUUUGCCUUAGCUUGUGCUCAUUCUUUAGGUAUUCAUAGAAUGAAUCUUGAUUUUUAAAAAUCAGCCUGAAGUUAAUUUUUAUUACAUGCAACCCAAAAGACCUUGACUAAUGAGCUGCCAUACUACUAUAAUUCCUAAUGAUUAUAUGUGCUCAAUACAUGUGCAAAGUACUGCUGAAUUGUAGAGAAGAAAUUUUCACUGGUAAACCCUCUUGGUUAUUUUGUGUGUUCCCUCAAAAGGGAAUCGUACCCUAAUGGAAGUAAAAGACACACCCCUGAGGUAUUCAGGAGACUGAAGUUGGGGGACAGUUCAGGGUCAGCCUAGGGAACUUUUUAAGACUCUGUCUCAAAAUUGAAAAAUACAAAAAGGGCUGGGGAUGUAGCUCAGGGUUUCUUGGGUCAAUUUCCAAUAUGGGAUAGGAGAAGGGAGAGAAGACCCUUUAAUUACUCAGGUCCUUUUCAUGCUUCCUCCAUCCUACUGAAGGAUAAGCAUGAUUCCCACUCUCUUAGCCGUAUAAUAAUCCCAGAAAUAGAGUUUCAGUUAUUGAGUAACCAAAGUUUAAAAUGGGAGGAGGGCAUAACUAUUAUAAAAUCUGUAAAUGCUGACCACUUCUAUAUACUAAGCCAGAUCUCUAGCCUUUGGCUGAAGUCACAAAAUACGGAGUAAACCUCAUUAAAUUCUUCAAGAUUACAGACUUGGCAGUGGGAUUGCAGGGUACUCACACUAACAGUUAUCCUUUGAGUCGCUUUCAGGUGGGCAUUGAAGAAGCCUCUCUCUACUUGAGCAAGACUGGAAUGUCUCAGAGUAGGGGAAAGGACACUGUGGAUUCUGGACAGGUGGAAAUGCCCGGGAAGGGCAUUGGAGGGGACUGGUGUGAGCAGAGACCCUGAGAACAUUCAUAUUCAGGGAGGGUUUCUGCUGUUUGCUUACCUGGCACAGAGAAAAGCAAAUACUCUUACCGGGGUGAUUUUAUGUAAACAAAUAUUUCUUCAGUUUGUUGCUUUCGAACUGCCUGCCUCUGGUGCAGUCAGAAUGCCACACAACUACCUGGAAUCAGUGAGCCUCUUGCUUAAGGGGGGUGGUACAUCCACAACCCCCUGGCACCAUUGAGGCAUCUGUGGGACUGGGCCCUUAGGUGUCCCUUGAGUGCAGGGUAUGAACCCAGGCUGGAAUGGGUGGGUCCUGUUGGCCCAGUCUAUCUAUGGUAGGUGGGCAGAGAACCUAGAAAGGAACUGGGAUUUGGCAAGGAGUAAUUGAGAGAGAUAAAGAUUUUGCCAAUUGUGACAUUUCCCCCAGCUUUGGGUUUCUAAGUCCUCUGUCUUAAAUGUGCCCUUAGGCUCAGCCCUAAAUGACCCUAAGCUGUUCUCUGCCUGUAUCAUAGUAGGAACCCCACAUGUCGUACAGCAGGCUCUAACUGAAAGAAAUACCUGGCCAGGACUUGGCCUUUCAGACUAAGCAUAGCUCCAAGUGGUGGGUUGAAGCUCAGAACUUCACCAAUGCCCUAAUAGGCCCACCCAGAUUUUACUUUUUUUCUCUUACCAGGGAGUAGUCAUUAUUCCUUUAAUUACAGAACUGUUGGUUUGAUAAAUGUUCACCUGUGUCAAGUACUGUUUAUAGUAUACUUACAGGAAGAAGUAAGACUUCCAGGCCUCUUAGAGCUGCUGAGAAGUUGGAAAUGAGAAAUUUUAUCUAAAAUAUGUGGUGGAAAAAAAUAAAAUAAAAUAUGUGGUGGGCUGGAAAUGCACUCUGUGGGAGGGCACAUGUUUAGGAUGUGCCCUUAGGCUCUGAGUUGAAUAGCACUAAAAAAUAAAGUAAUAAUAAAAUAUGUUCUGGUAUUUUUGAUUCAGGAUGGCCUUUCAAGCCCAUGAUAUAACCCUCUCACCGCUAUUCCCUAUCACUCCUGCUGAGCUAAGAAGGGGAACUGUAGGUUGGAGAGGAUGGGACAGAGGAACUGAAGAGGUGUUACCCUCCUUCGCCCUCCCAGCCUCAAUCUGCCACGAGGACCAGUUGAUGUGUUGCUGCAUUUACUUGGUAUAAAACUAGAGGUUUUGACACUUAGGUGUUGAUCAAGGUGUCAAUAUCUUGGUGUCAGACCAUCAAGGCUAGUCUCUCUCUGAAUAAGACAAGUCAUAGAAAAAACCACAAAAUCAGUCUUAGGCCUCCUCAGAGCUAUGGUGCAUGUUAAUUUUAGAGCAAGAGAGCUAAUAUAAGGUUAUUUUGUGCAUGCGAUAUAAAAUCAUGGCCCUAGAAAAAUAGCUAGGUUUUAAGCUAAUUCCAUGAAGUGAUGGGCUUCUUGUGAGUUCUACUUUAAUGAUGAUAAUAAUAACCAGCAUAAUUGAGUAUUUACCAUGUGCUAGGUACUGUCUCAUCUGGUCCUUAUAACAAUCUUACAAGGUUAAGUGCUUGUUUUUUCCUUUCUUAUAAAUGAGGAUGCUGAGGUUUACCAGGUAAAGAAAUUUCUCUAGGAUCUCAUAGCUAAGGAUCAAACCCAAGCAGCAUGGCUACCACUUACUCCCUAUUUUGUCAGACUGCAAAUAGUUGUUUGCACCUCCUUUUUUCAUUUUGCCACUCGUCAGUAUUUACCACAGACUAGUACAGCAGAUGUCAGAGGCUUAAGAAAAAAUUAGGGAGUUGUGGCUUUAAAAUGGAAAACAUUGCAUCUGUUACUUUAAACCAGUAGUCCUUUAAAUUUCAUACACAUUUGGAUCUCUUGAAAGACUUAAUAAAUCAGAGCUCCUGAUUUAGUAAAUCUGGGGUGGCAUCAGAAUUUACACUUUUAAUGAAUUCCCAGAAGAUGAUGUUGAUGCUAUAGUCAUCAUUACUUGUUAUUUUCCCAGCCUUUGCUGGAGACAGGGCGCGUGACAUUUUUCCUGGGCUGAGGCUUCUGGGAUGACACCUAAGGUCUCCAUGGAACCUUUUGCAUAAAUCCUGUCCGGUCUAUUUCCUUCUGUUUUUUCUCCCAGCUCCGUAAUGCCGUUUGCUCUCUGAGAUUCUGACCAGGCCUUUCUUGACCUCUUUCUCCUUCGCUGUUCACCUUUCCAGGUCCCUCCCAUAGGAUGCUGUUAAUGCAGUCUCCUUUUCUUUUCCUUCAUCUUGUUCUGGGGUCCUUCCUCCUGCACCUGUUUGCCCAGGCUUGUUACAUACCUGUCCUAGCAGCUAGGGAAUACAGUAAUGUCCAGGGCAGACACACUGCCUACUUUGAAGUCUUGAAAGUAUAACGACAAUUCACUGUGAUGAGUAGUGUGAAAGAAGGAAACCUGUUGGGGGUAAUUCAGGGAGAUUUCCCCCUCCCCAUUUCUGGCCAUCUCUGUCUUCCAGGACAUGCUCGUUCUGCACAUUUCUUUUUUCCUCAGAAUACCAUUUCUUUCCAGGCCUGACACACAUAGGAGUCUCUAACCCCCCAACUAGACAAGGACUGCAUGUCAGCAUUGUUCACAAGCUCCUGGGUAGGAUCUUUGUCCACAUUCUCAUUCAAACCUUGUUUCCUAGGGAGGCUGUCCCUUCCCGUGAGCUUUCUUCACUCCAUUCCCACCCCAGGAAACAUUGCUGUCUGUCCAUGAUGAUCUGCCCAAAACGUAGCCUCCAACUUUGUUCUCUUGCUAUUUUACUCCUCAGUCACCCCCAUAACUGGUUGAUUGUUAUUUCUUGCAACUGUUCUGCCUCUGGCUGCUCCUCACACAUUUUAAUUUACCAUCCUCUAACAAGGCAGAUUUUUUAAUGGUUAUAGUUUCUUCUGUUGGAAUGAGUUAAGAGAAGGUGAAGGAAGAAACAUAGUCAUUAUUCUAGCAAGAUAUUCCCUCAUACUUCAAGAGUAAGGUUUUGUAAACUAGCCUUUCAAAGAGCAAUUUCAGAAGCAAUAAACACACAGUUUGGUUGUAAGGAUUAGAAACAUACCUACAUGAUGAACUGGGGCUGAAGGAAGAUGGUCCUAAUGUGACAGUUGGGAUCAAGCUUCCCAGUGAGAAUGUCGACUGUGUAUUUUCAAAGUGCUGCAUUUCAGGUUGUGGGUAUAGUUUAGUGGUAUAGUGCUUGCCUAGCAUGUGUAAGGCUCUGCAUUUGAUCCCAAAUGCAUUGCCAAAAAGUGCUGCCUCUCAACUAGAUGUAGAUGAAGGAGAUACACUUAAGAAAGUCUGGCUGGAGAUACCAUGAAGAUAUUGAUACACAAGAUGCUUGUGGAGAAUUUGAAUAAAAUUGUUUCUUGAAAUGUGCAAAUGGGAAAAAAAGCAAUAUUUUGUAUUAAUGUAUUGUAUAUACUGUUAUUUUAAAUAAGCAUGUGUGACUAAAUAAAUUAGAUAUUAUAAAUAGA